AUGUCGGAUUGGGGGCCAGUGUUGAUAGCAGUAGUGCUGUUUGUGCUGUUGAGUCCAGGGCUACUGUUUCAGUUACCUGGUAGGCACAGAGUUGUGGAGUUUGGGAACAUGCACACAAGUGGCCUCUCCAUUCUUGUUCAUACAAUCCUCUAUUUUGGACUCAUUACCGUCUUGCUUAUUGCUAUUGGAGUUCACAUCCACGCUGGCUAAUUAGUUUUCUCACUUAAUUUGUUGCUUCC